AUUCUUAUCAUGUAUGGUUUGUACUCCUACAUGAAGACUUCAAACAAGCAAAGUUACACAAAGACCAUGUCAGAUUUGUGUAACAUGAAUAAUUGUGGGGAGCAUAGUGAUGUAAUCACCAGUAUGGAGAGUUAAGCUUUUGGGCCGCCUACACUCGCUUCAACGGCCUUAGCGUGGUGGCGCCGCACAUGCGGGCCGUUUCGCUCUUACAAUGGACGCUACGUUCUUACUGUACAUCCACACUAUUCUCACUUUGCCGGUCUAGCCCCAAUCUACAUCUCCAAUUAUCUUCAUUUACCCAAAAGAGUAGUCUUACUCCCAGCGUCUCACGUGAUCGUAUACUGAACUUCACUUUCCAAAAUGGCUGCAAACUUUCUACAAAUGCUCGAAAACAUGCAGCCGCGGUCUAAGCGCACGAUAGAGGACCUGAUAAACUCUAAUGAUCAGCUCGCUGGCAUGGACGGCAUGGAACUCAGAGGCUGGACCCAAGCCAAUCCCACUGCGCCUAGCCGUGAUCUGAAAGAUCCAGUGGGCCAAACUCUCCUCGCCGCGUUCAAUGGAGAAUUCGAUGCGCUACAAAACUAUUGCGAGAUGAUGAUUAAACAGCUGGGCGGAGAUGAAAACGCACGCGAGACCGUCAGACAGGACAUGUAUGCAAAAAGAUGGGGUCCUAGCAAAACCCCCGUCUACUCAAUAUUACUACCAGCACUCCACAUGCUACCAGGAAAGAAGGAGGAGCUACUCGGAAUAGUAAAGUAUCUUGCAAAUGACUUGAAAGUACCAGUGGACGGAAAGGACGUCCUAGGCUCUACAGCACUUUUCUGGGCCAUAUCCACAAAGCCCUAUGUACAGCCCGAAUUUGCGCAAAUCCUCUUCGACGCAGGAGGUUCCGUCAAUACCAAGAACAGGUUUAAUGCUACUCCAGCGAGUGAAAUAGCACAAGCAGAUCUCCACGGAGACACUACCAAGAACGUGCAAAUGAUGAAGUGGUACAUUGAGCAUGGUGGCGAUAUCGAAAACAAAGAUAGCGAUGGUAUGAGUGUCAAGAUUUUGGUUGAGAUGAUGAAGAAGAAGGUGCCACAGAUGGCUGAGGUGAUUCAGAAUGGGAGGGGAGAGAGGAAAGAAGGGAAUUGCACGACAUGUGGGAGGAGUCCCAAGGGUGAAAAGACGUUUCCAGCUUGUGCAAAGUGUAAGAAGGCGAGGUACUGCUCGCAGGAGUGUCAGAAGGUGGACUGGAAGAUGCAUAAGAAGACGUGCGUUGCUUCGUAGGCGAAUGGGACAUUGAAGAAUUGAAGGGGUGGGGUAGGGCGAACCGAGAGUAUGCUCUGAAAGUGCUGAAAUUGCCUAUUCAAUAUGAGGGGAUCGGCGCGUUCUGCGGGGUAUAUUACCUCGGUGACUUUGUCAAUUGUAUAGAUUCAUGUCUCUAAGCAUGUCGGAGCAGCCGGACGAAAGCUGCUUGCUUCAAUCCGCUAAAGUUACAGCCAAGAUUACCCCGCGUAUGCAUCACCGGUAACUGACCUGGAGAAACACUACCUGUGCUUAGUUCCCAGAGUUGUUGUAGGUAUUGAAAGCUAAAGCAUAGUAGAGCUAA